CUCCACUCUCUUGCUUUAAUUUCCCUGUUCAAUAUCAGAUCUUGUGAAAAUUCAUCUCAGCAAGAUGGCAUUGAGCAACAAUGUCAUUGGAGCAAUCAACUUCGUUGCCAUGCUUCUGUCCAUUCCCAUCAUUGGAGCUGGUAUCUGGCUUGGAAAUGAACCAGACAACUCUUGUGUCAAGAUCCUUCAAUGGCCUGUUAUUAUUCUGGGUGUUUUGAUCCUAGUUGUGGCUCUAGCAGGCUUCAUAGGGGCAUUCUGGCGCAUUCCUUGGCUGCUCAUCCUAUACCUCAUAGCAAUGCUUGCCCUGAUAAUACUGCUUGCUUGCUUGGUCGUUUUGAUUUAUAUGGUCACCAUUAGAGGUUCCGGUCACGUUGAGCCAAACCGCGCCUACUUGGAGUAUGAUCUGAAUGACUUUUCUGGCUGGCUUCGCCGAAGGGUUAGAAGUUCCUUUAAGUGGGAUCGUAUUAAAGCCUGUCUUAGCACCACAAACAUGUGUGCUGAGUUGAAUCAGCGUUACCGCAUGGCUCAAGAUUUCUUCAAUGCCCGUAUAAACCCUAUCCAGUCGGGAUGUUGUAAGCCACCAACACAAUGCGGAUACACGUUUAUAAACCCCACAUACUGGAUCAGCCCCAUAAACACAGCAGCAGACAUGGACUGCCUGCAGUGGAGCAAUGACCAGAACCAGUUAUGCUACAAUUGUGAUUCAUGCAAGGCAGGGUUACUUGCCAACAUCAAGGAAGAAUGGAGAAAAGCAGAUAUCAUACUACUCAUAACACUGGUUGCCCUGAUAUGCGUGUAUGUGGUGGGCUGCUGUGCCUUCAGGAAUGCCAAAACAGAGGAUAUAUUCAGAAAAUACAAACAGGGUUACACAUAAGAGGGUGUUAUGUAGUAGUAAUGCUUGUAAUGGAGCAUAAGGGGAUUGGUUUGAAAUGGUUAUUGUAUUUUGUAUUAGAAUUCAAGACCCUUCGCUUUUUUUUAUAUAUAUAUAUAUAAAGGUUAUGAUUAGUA